AGGCAAGCGGGCGGCUGGGGGAUGGUACACGCUCCAGCCUCGGGGGCGAGGGACAGCGCUUCAUGGGCGUCGUGACCGCGGGCAGGCUUUGGCGAUCGGGGGUGGCGAGCACGCCCAGGGGGGCCCGCGCCGACGGGUGUUUGUGCUUCUCUGACUCUCUCUCUCCGCCUCCGUGUCUCCUGCCCGCCCCGCCAGGACCUCUCCUCUUCGGGCGGCAGCACAGUUGCCUCGGGGCGGGUGGCGGCAGAGGUGCUGGUGGGACAUUCUUAACCGUUCAGCCCUCCGGGAACAUGGCGACCGGCGGCUACCGCAGCGCCGGUGGCAGCACCACGGACUUUCUGGAAGAGUGGAAAGCCAAGCGGGAGAAGAUGCGGGCGAAGCAGGCGCCGGCAGCCCCUGCGGGGGUGGCCGCUGCAGGAGAGCCCAGGCCGGCGGGGGGCUCCUCCUCAGCCGAGCUGAACAACAACCUACCCCCCGGCGGCCCCGCUGCCCCGUCCGACCGUGCGGCGCCCCCCGGCGGCGGGGCCGUCAACUGCGUCAGCCUCUCCAGCGCCGCCUUGGGCCGGGCCGCCCCCGCCAAGGAGCCACAGUCGGCCCUGGGCGGAGGUCGGGGGGCAGAGCCUGCCGCCAAGCCCCCUCCUGCCGCGGCGCCUGGUUCGCCCGAGGGUGAAGAGAAGCUGACCGCCAAAGGAAAAAACUCGGGUCCCAGUGCCAGGAAGGGGAAAGGGCAGAUCGAGAAGAGGAAGCUGAGGGAGAAAAGGAGGUCCACAGGUGUGGUGAACAUCCCGGCUGCCGAGAGCCUUGAUGAGUAUGAAGAUGAUGAAGCAGGGCAGAAGGAGCGGAAGAAGGAGGAUGCUAUCACCCAACAGAAUACAAUACAAAAUGAGAGUUCUUGUGCAGAUACCUCUGGCUCAUACUUGUUACAGGACUCCUCAAGGAUGGUUCCAAGCAGGUAUAAAAGCACAGCUAAUGCCCCGGAAGAUGAUGCUCCAAACAGAUACUCCAGAACAGACAGGCCAGCUUACAGCAGGUACAGCAGGGAUGCAAAUUCUUCUGGCAGUUCCAUACCAAGUAACACUUUGGAAAAGAGGAUUGAAGAACUUGAAAGGGAACUUGUAAAGGAGAGACAGGAAAAUGCAAGAUUAGUGAAGGUGGCAGAGGACAAAGAGGAAUUAAUUGGAAAGCUGAAGGAAGAAAUUGAUUUAUUGAACAGAGACCUAGAUGAUAUAGAAGAUGAAAAUGAGCAGUUGAAGCAAGAAAACAAAACCCUCUUAAAAGUUGUUGGACAGCUGACAAGGUAGAAGAUUGAAGCCUCAAUGAGGAAGGAGUUUAAAAACUACUGAUUGAACGUUAAGGUCAAUAUAGUAAUAUUUCCUGUGUUGCAGUAUGUUAUAAUAACUGUCUUUAUAUUUAUUGUUAGGAAACCAGAGGAAUGUUUAUUUUCAUAGUAGUUUCUGCUUAAUUUGAUGAAAUGGCAUCAAAUUUGGAGUAUAUUUUUAGCUUUCACCUAUGGAUAAUAAUAAAAAGAAAAAGUUUAAAUGUAUUUUGAAAUACAAAGUUCAAAGCUACUUGGAUCUUCUUGUUUUAUAACCUUCAGAUUCCAUCUGGAUCAAUGGCAGUAAUUUCAAAUCCACAGGAGAGAGAGUGGGUGUACAUUUUUCAAAUGAGUGGGAGCAAUACAUGCAAGCUUUGUUUACACUGAUCCAAAAUAGGUAUUUUGGAAAACGUUGCCUUCUUUUUGUUUAAACAGCUGUAAAGUGGAUGCCUUAUUACUUACUUACGGCAAUUUACAGAUUGGAUCUGAAACUUUUGUAUCUUGAGGCUUUUUACUAUACUUGAAAGAUUUGCAAUAGUAUAGAGUAGCAACUGUUUUCUUCUGUCUAACAGGGUUUUGGCAGAUAGGAGAGGUUUUAUUACAAAACCCCCAACAAACCAACCCACCAAAACCCCAGUAAACCACCUGCGGCAUCGGCAGUAGUGAGUCGCUAGAAUCGUACUGAAGUUGCACACUGCAGUUUUGCUGUAAAGCUUCUGCUCUGGCAAGGAAAUUAUCCACGUUUGCUACCAGUAAGUUUGUUUGCUUGUUGAGAAUUCAAACAUACAACAGUGUUCUGGCAGAAAGGGGAGGUUUUGUUACAAAAAUCCCAACAAACCAACCCACCAAAACCCAGUAAAUCACCUGCAGCAUCAGCAUUAAUGAGUCGCUAGAAUCGUACUGAAGUUGCACACUGCAGUUUUGCUUUAAAGCUUCUGCUCUGGCAAGGAAAUUAUCCACGUUUGCUACCAGUAAGUUCAUUUGCUGUGUUGAGAAUUCAAGCAUAUAACAGCAUUCUGACAGAAAGGGGAGGUUUUGUUACAAAAACCCCAACAAGCAACCCACCAAAACCCCAGUAAACCACCUGCGGCAUCAGCAGUAAUGAGUCUCUAGAAUCAUACCGAAGUUGCACACUGCAGUUUUGCUUUAAAGCUUCUGCUCUGGCAAGGAAAUUAUCCACCUUUGCUACCAGUAAGUUUGUUUGCUGUGUUGAGAAUUCAAACGAAGCCUGAAACUUUCUUUUUAGCAAAGACACUUUUGCAAUGCUCUUCUUAAUGCUGUUCUUUUAAUUUGUAGUGAUCAUAACCAAUAGAAGUUUUUUGAUGUGUCAUUUUAUGAAGUUGGAUGGAAAUGUUUGUACAUAAAGCAGAGAAAAGCAAUUCCUGCCCUUUUGAAACAUCAAAUGGUUUAAUAAAAGAACCUUUUAUCCUUUGUUUUAAACUAGCAAUGUGUCUAAACAAUGGCUCAAACAAUGGCUCUUUGGGUGUUAAAAUCCACUGAAGUCUUCCUGCUGGGUCUUCUUCAACAUGAUGGUAGACAGAAUCUUCCUUUGACAUUAACCCCAGAGCUCAGUUAACAAUUCUCUCAUAGUUGUUGUUUGGAUGACAUUUGAUGUGUGUCAUUUCAUCUGUACCUUUUUCAUUCCUGAUCAGAAGAAAAGGGUGUGUCAUUUGAGCCAGGACACCAGAAAUCAAAACAGUUCAAAGAGUCCAGGCUUUUUUUCUUGACAGUUUUGAAGUUUGGUAUAAGAAGAUUUGCAUGCAUGUAGUUCUUGUUACCUUAAGACUUAAAGACAACCUAAAUCUACAGUAAUGGUCACCUAUUGAGAUUUGCCAGUGGUUUUCAUCAUGUGUAUUGGAUGACUCUGAGAGUUUCCUGAGUUUCACAUCCAGGUGUUGCUUGUUACACCUUGGAUUGUUUUGGGUGUAGGAUAGGUUGGUUUGCAUUUGUGUAUUCUAAUGAGGAGGAACUUUUCAAAGUUUUAAAGUAUUUUUCAAGACACACUCCAGGAUGCCUCAAUGUUUUCCUUCACAGUGGAUGAGAUCUUAGGGGACACCAUUUGAAACUUUCACCAUGGGAUUUAAAUGGUAGGGGGGCCCCUCUGGACUGCAAUAUACACCAAUCACCAACGUUGCUUUUAAUACUGUUCAAGCAGUAAGAAGUCCCUUAUUUUAUCAGUUUCAUUAACAGUUUAAUAAAAAUACCACUUGAGAUGUAUGCCUUCUGAAUAAAUAUGAAACUGUCUGGAAGAA